AACAAAAGCUGCAUAUAAAACCCACCUUGGCCUCACACCUCUGCCGGGAGUCCACACAGCAGACAUGGCCAGCAAAAAAGCCUCCAAUAAGAGACAGAGGGGAGCACAGAAGUCUUGCUCCAAUGUCUUCUCCAUGUUUGAGCAGUCACAAAUCCAAGAAUUCAAGGAGGCAUGGACCUCUGCAUGUGGUUCAACGGGAACCCUUAGUGGUCUCAUCAAAGUGAUCUUUGUUGUUUUUCUGCAGGCUUUUGGCUGCAUUGACCAGGACAGAGAUGGGGUCAUCAAGAAACAGGACCUGAAGGAGACCUAUGCACAACUAGGAAAGCUGAAUGUGAAGGAAGAGGAGCUGGAUGAGAUGCUGAAUGAGGGCAAAGGUCCCAUCAACUUCACCGUUUUCUUGUCGCUCUUUGGGGAGAAACUCAACGGGACCGACCCAGAAGACACAAUCCUUGCUGCCUUUAAGCUCUUUGACCCCAAUGGGACAGGCUUUGUCAACAAGGAAGAAUUUAGGCGACUGUUGAUGAACCAGGCAGAUAAAUUCACAGCAGAUGAGGUGGAUCAGGCAUUCGCUCUGGCUCCCAUCGACCCUACCGGGAACAUCGACUACAAGUCUCUCUGCUACAUCAUCACACAUGGAGACGAGAAGGAGGAGUCCUAAACAUUGCUGUCACCAUCAUCUUCUACAUGUUUCAAUACAUUCAUUAUAUCUGGGAUAAAUACGAUUUCUACUCACUAAUAGCUUGUCAUCUCUGGAACAAACAACACUUUAGAUUUAGUGAAAAUCUAAUUUUGAGCACAUUUAUUGUGGGCUUUGUUUACGUAGUGAAGUGAAUUAAUCAACUCAUAUUAUGUUCAACAUAUGGUGAAUGUUCAUAUUCAUCUUGGAGAAAUCAAACGUUCAAGUUUAAGUAAGCAGUGGUAUUUCAGUUUGAGCACAUAAUAAGAUAAGGCCCCUUAGUUUGAU